AGAAAGGAAAGGCAAACACACAAAAAUCUGUUUUGAGUGUGGUGUGCAGGGGCACUACAGGUCUGAUUGUCCAAAUUUCAAAGAUUAUGGUGAAAAUAGUGGUGGCAAGAACAACUAUAGCAAGAACAAGUCGUUCUCUCGUCAUGAAACCAAGUUCCGGCCAAAGGCUGAGAAGCAUCUUCAAAAGAUGGUUGCUGCAAUUGCUUCGGGUCUACAAUCUGCAGUAGAUUUAAGCGACAUCGACUCUGACCAGAGUGGUGAGGAUGAUCCUCCUUCUCCCAAACGGAAGGAUACAAAGAAGAAGAAGGCUGAUCGGCUCACCGGCAUGUGUUUUAUGGCUCAUGAGGCUGAUGAGGAGAACGACAACACGGAUGAGGUUGGUUUUGAGGGUUUGGCAAACAAGUGGCUUAUUGACUCUGGGUGUUCACGCCACAUGACUGGUGAUACUAAAUGGUUCGCCUCCCUCUGCAAAGCGUCUGGUGAUGAAAAGAUCACUUUUGGGAAUGAUGCACAGGGUUGCAUUGUGUCCAAAGGAACAGUGCGAGUCAACGAGAACUAUCUUCUCAAGGAUUUAGCCCUUGUAAGUAAGUUGAGUUAUAAUUUGAUUUCAGUUUCACAACUUCUUGAUGAGGGUUUUGAGGUUCGUUUCAAGAAAUCUGCUUCUCGUGUUCUUGACUCUACUGGUGAUCUUGUCUUUGGUAUUUCUCGUGUUGGUAAAAUCUUUGGUGCUGAUUUUGGAGUGCUUUUGUCCUCUGGUCCAUGAUGUUUUGUCGCCUCUUUGAACAUGAGCGAGUUUCAGUUGUGGCAUCGUCGUUUGGGGCAUGUUGGUUUUGAUCAUCUGACGCGAAUUGGCAGCCUUGAUCUUUUGCGAGGUUUGCCUAAGCUCAAAGCCACCAAGGAUAUUGUGUGUGCCCCAUGCCGACAUGGAAAGCAAGUCUCUGCUUCUCACCCUCCAAUCAAUCUGGUGAACACAACCAGACCCGCCCAAUUGCUACAUAUGGACACAGUUGGUCCAUCUCGGGUCCGGUCAGCUGGUAGGAAGUGGUACGUGCUUGUCAUCGUAGAUGAUUUUUCUCGAUACUCUUGGGUUUUCUUUAUGGAGCAUUAAUCUGAAGCAUUCAAUCAUUUUCAUGAUUUGGCUUUAAGGCUAUUCAAUGUAUUUCCUGGUGAGAUGAAAACUGUUCGUAGUGAUAAUGGUUUGGAGUUCAAAAAUUCUUCCUUUGCUGAUUUCCUUGCCGAGAGAGGAAUUGAGCACCAAUUUUCGUCUCCUCGCAUGCCUCAACAAAAUGGUGUUGUGGAAAGGAAAAAUAGAACUCUUGUGGAGAUGGCAAGGACCAUGCUCGAUGAAUUUGGCACACCAUGACGUUAUUGGGCUGAAGCCAUUAGUACAGCUUGCUAUGUGUCAAAUCAUGUUUUUCUGCGGAGUUCUUUGAAAGUGACCUCUUAUGAGUUGAGAUUUGGUAGAAAGCCUAAUAUUUCUCAUUUGCGGGUGUUUGGUUGCAAGUGUUUUAUCCUAAAGAAGGGCCUUCUCGACAAGUUUGAGUCGCGCACUUCUGAUGGUAUCUUUCUUGGUUACCCUGCUCACAUGAAGGGCUAUUGUGUUUUAAAUUUAGAAUCUAACCUUGUGGUAGAGACUUGCGAUGUAACUUUUGAUGAGGCUAGCCCAGCUAGACCCGAGUUUUCAGGUACACCACAAGUUCCCGAAACCUUAUUCGUUGAAGAAGAUAAUGAGGAUGGUGUGGGACAAGCCCCCAUAUCUCUUGCACCUGCCGCAGAACCUGCUACCACUUCUGUUCCACUGGAAGAUGGCCCUGUACCUAGUACUUCAUCUACAACAUCCGUACCCUCAACAUCGAUGACUCCUGAUCCUACCUCCACUUCAGCUGAGGUAGAGGCUACCACGACUACUUCCUCACCUGCUUCUGACGUCCUUCAGGGAUCUCUACGUCUUCAUCAUGCUCACCCACCAGAUCUGAUCAUUGGCAACAUCUCUGAGCGUACAUUGCGCUCCAGGUCCACUCAUUUAUCAGACUUUGCACAUACUGCAUUUGUUGCAUCUUUUGAGCCCCGAGAUGUUAGCCAUGCAUUAGAAGAUGAAAACUGGAUAAGGGCAAUGCAUGAGGAGUUAGAAAACUUUGAGAGGAACAAGGUCUGGCAACUUGUAAAAACCCCGUUUGACCAGAGUAUAAAUGUCAUUAGAACCAAGUGGGUUUUCAAAAAUAAACAGGGAGAGGGCGGCCAAGUUGUUCGCAACAAGGCUCGCCUAGUUGCUCAAGGUUAUUCUCAAAUUCAGGGUUUUGAUUUUGACGAGACCUUUGCACCUGUUGCACGGUUGGAGGCGAUACGUAUUUUACUUGCUUACUCUGCUUCCAAGGGUUUUAAGUUAUUUCAAAUGGAUGUCAAAAGUGCUUUUCUAAAUGGUUUCAUUGAUGAAGAAGUUUAUGUAAAACAGCCCCCUGGUUUUGAAAAUGAUAAGCUCCCAAACCAUGUCUAUAAAUUGCAGAAAGCUCUUUAUGGUCUUAAGCAAGCCCCUAGAGCUUGGUAUGAUAGACUCAAAGGGUUUUUGAUCAAGAAAGGUUUUAAAAUGGGUGAAGCUGAUAAGACCUUGUUCACUCUUAGGCAUCAUAAUGAACUACUCUUAGUGCAAAUUUACGUAGAUGAUAUCAUCUUCGGUGGAUCGUCUAAUGCUCUUUGUGCUAAGUUUUCCAAAGACAUGAGUGAUGAAUUUGAGAUGUCCAUGAUGGGUGAGCUGUCCUUCUUUCUUGGACUACAAAUCAAGCAAACAAAGCAGGGCACCUUUGUAUAUCAAGGCAAGUACACGAAGGACAUGUUAAAGAAGUUUGGGAUGAGCGAUUCCAAGCCACUCCAUACCCCAAUGUCCACUACCACAAUACUUGAUGUAGAUGAAAAUGGUGAGGUAGUGGACCAACGAGAAUACAGAAGCAUGAUUGGCUCACUACUGUACUUGACUGCAACGAGGCCAGACAUACAAUUUGCAGUGUGUCUGUGUGCUCGUUUUCAGGCUUCCCCAAGAGACUCCCACAAGCAAGCCGUCAAACGCAUUUUAAGGUACCUCCAAGGAACACCUGAUUUUGGCCUAUGGUUUUCUAGUUCUUCUGGUUUAGGAGUUAGGGGGUUCGCAGAUUCAGACUUUGGUGGGUGUAGAAUAGACCGCAAGAGCACUUCUGGCACUUGUCACUUUCUAGGUACUUCCCUUAUUUCUUGGUCUUCUAGGAAGCAAUCUAGUGUAGCACAAAGCACAGCCGAGGCAGAGUAUGUAGCAGCUGCGAGCAGUUGUAGUCAGAUUCUUUGGAUCUCAUCUAUUUUACAUGAUUUUGGGAUUUUCAUUUCUUCUGUUCCACUUUUCUGCAAUAACACUAGUGCGAUAAGUAUUGCUAAGAAUCCAGUCCAACACUCUAGAACUAAACACAUUGAACUGCGCUACCACUUCAUAAGAGACCAUGUGGAGAAAGGUGAUAUAGAGCUCCUGUAUGUUGAUACUGAGCAUCAGCUUGCUGAUAUUUUUACCAAACCUUUGGAUGUUAGUCGUUUUACUUCUUUGCGGGGAGAUUUGGGGGUCGUCGGCCCCUAUGGGAUCUUGUGAAGGGGGAGUUUGUGUUUUUUCUUCUUCUUUUGUUCAUAUGUAUCAUAUUGCACCUUGCAUCAUAUGUAAGAUACCUUUGAGCUUUGAUGAUUCUUUUGUUGAAGAAAUGUUCAUAAUGAAGUUGCUCUUGGCCAUGUUAUGCUUAUUGUCUAGCUCAUCCUGUCAUGGUUUGCCAUAUAUGGAUAACCCUUUGCAUGCUAGUUUUAAUUGGAAAUGAAGUUGAACUAAAUAAACAUGUUGACCAUAUGAUGAGUUCUAUGCUAGUUGAUCACCUUGACUUGAGAUCUACUUGUGCUUUGUAUUGCAACUCUGAUCUAUGUUCUGGCUAGCUAGUUUGGACUCCAUUUGAUAUCACACCUGGAACCACCAGAGACUUGUUUUGCUUAGACCUAUGUGGCUCGGGUCGGAUAUGGUCUACUUUCUUGUCAAGUCCCUAGUCUUGCUUUCAUGAGUUACUUUUUAUCUGCAUUUUUUUGUGAAGAAUCACUCAAGAUACCUGCUCGUGCAGGAGGUGGUAUUUUGCUUGUGCCUAUUCCAUACUUUCUUAAUCAAACCACUCAAGGUACCUGCUCGUGCAGGAGGUGGUACUUUGCUUGUGACUUAACAUAAAAUCAAAAUCAAAUCACUCAAGGUACCUGCUCGUGCAGGAGGUGGUACUUUGCUUGUGCCUUUUCAUAAAAUUUCUAAGUGCAUCAUUUUGUGCUGACUUAAUUACUCAAGGUGCCUGCUCGUGCAGGAGGUGGCACUUUGCUUGUGAGAUGGUCAGCACAGCGAGAAGGUUCCAUUUUUGAUCGGGUGUGCCUCCUAGUCAUUGGUUAGCGCUAGGUUGCAAUGCCUUGCAACGUUUAGUCUCUUUUCCAUGUGUUUGCCUACAUAAGAACUCAUCAUGUGUGAAAACUGAAGUUACUAAGAACUUGAAUGUCUUGCUGCAUCUAGCUCAAGGAUUUUCUCUAUAUGUCUUAGUAUGACUAGAUGAGCUCUUACUUAUCAUGGCCUAGUAGCAUUUCUAUCUCAUGUGCUUCAACUGAAUAAUCUUCAAUGCUCGUACAAUUGCAUAAAUUCCACUUCAUGCAUACAUGCUCUAUCUUAAUGUUUUCUCAUAUGCAUAAAUUGAGGGGGAGGGAUCUCCCUUGAUGCUUAUAGUGCCAAAGGGGGAGAAAUAGGACAGUGCACAUGUUGCAAAUUGAGUUUCAGUAUGUACACAAGUUGAGGGGGAGUCAGGGGGAGCCAUUGAUAUUAUUAUUUUUUCUCUUGGUUCUUUCCCUUGUGAACUUGUGAAAACAAGGUUGAUUUCUCUCUGAUGAGUUUUUGUUGAAAGUGAAGCUUUGGAUCCGGGUGUUAGCUUCACUCUCCACUUUGUCCACUUGGUAAUGUCUACAAUUUUUUUUCUUGGGACCAAGUGUGUUUUUGCAACUUUCCUUCUCUCUGUUAAAACUAAAACUCUAUUUUUUCUUGCUGAGAGUUGGGUUGGCAAUAUAAACAUCAAGGGGGAGAUUGUGAGUCCAUGUGGUGAUACCCUUAAUUUUGUGAUGAUUAUAUUGCCAAUGCUUUUGCUCACUUUGAGAGUUAUUUUAAUGAAGUUUGAAAAUCACAGUUUGUCGGAUCAAGGACAUGAUCUAUUUUAUGUGACUUAUCUGGAUGGUGUUGAUUGUAUUAAACUGUUAAUUUGGAUUGACUUGGAUCAAGCUCAGGAAGUUUGUGCUCGCAAUAGUUGCUUGUUUCCAUUGUGUGCAGGUUCCAGUGAGUGCGGCGGUAGUCGACAACGAGGAUGGUUGGCAUGAUGUGACCAUGGACGCUGUGCGGGAUCGUGCGGCUCAAAGCAACGCACAAGUUUUGGACAAGGACUAUAUGGAGGCAAAGGAGAAGACCAUGUCAAGUGAAGGUUAUUUUGGUAUGUUUACCAAAAUCCACUAACAAGCAAACCAAGAGAGUGAUUGUGGUGUUGCUUAAGAGUGGAAAAUGUUAUUUACAAGUGGCUAAGUAAAAUGGCUAUUUCUUUUAGUGUUUUGGGCUUGGCCCAUUCGGUGGGAACCAUGACCCAUUCAAUGGUGGUGGAAGGCUGAUCCAUCCUUAUAUAUGAGCUGCUAGGUUUUUCCUUGUGGGCACGAAUAGAGGAGCCGCCGCUACGAGGAGAAAAACAGAGCAGCCGCCGCACAUUUGAGAUAGAGCUUCCUAUGUGGGAUUUAGCCUAUGUGAGAGAGGCUUGUAACUCGAGAAAUCUGAGAAAUAAAUCCUCAAAUUGUUCCCAGCCUUACUAUUGUCGAGGUCUGUUGUUUGUCCUUGCAAAUCUCGUUUUUCUGCUGUACUAAUUUUGUCCCUGUGAUUCCUUGGCUAUAAUGGGGUUUCCUUGAUGGAAAAUCAUGUCUAAAUUCAUGUGCAUCCAUCCCUAGCUUUGAAUCUGGUUGUUAUUCAUUUAUUCAUGGGUUCUUGAGGAUGGCGCAGGAGUUUAUC